GGCGCGCAUGCGCGGCCGCACGGGUGCGAGGCGGCGGGGAGAGGGCGCCAGCGGCCGCCGCUGCCCGCGGAGGGGGGUGCUUGGCUUCUCUCGGUCAGGCCCCAGCCCGGUCGCGUCCUCUGAGGUUUUGAAGGUUUUUAAAUUAUUACACAGAACCCGGCAAGAAGUUUUCAAAAAUGAUACCAGAGCCCUUGAAGCUGCAAGACAAAAGAUAAAUGAAGAAUUCAAAAACAACCAAGAUGAAACAUCUGAAGAGAAGAUAAAUGAGCUUCUGAAAAUAGCUUCAGAUGUUGAAGUGAUUCUUAGAACUUCUGUUAUUCAGGCAGUUCACACAGAUUCCGACAAAAUAUUGCUCAUACCCAGGAAAGAUCUGCUACAAGACAACACUCCUUACUUUGAUAAACCAACAUAAAAGUAUGAUUCCUGAGGGAAAUAUGCACCUCCCCUCAGAAGGUUAAUAUCCUGUAAUGAGAUCUCUGAAAACCGGUAGUAGAUACCUGUUUUAAAGCUAAUUUUUAAAAACAGUUAAAUAUUUUUAUCAGGAAAAUGAAACUGAAACUGAGUCAACAAUUUUAUUGUGUGCUGUAACACCAUCAUGGACUACUUCUGUGGAAGAUACUAAUACUUCCACAGAAACUCAAGACACGCAGUUCUAUUAAAAAUAAACUGCUUAAUUGUGUUACU